GGCCAUGUUGGUCAGUGUUCAAUGAGUGUUGUGUUCGUUCGCCGUUGGCUUGUGGCUUUUUUCAUAGCCAUAGGAAUUAUUUGCAUAGUUUUUAUUUCCCUCAGGAAGUCUUAUCAAGAGUCAUAUAUCCUUGAAGUUCCUACCACUGAGUUUCAGUGGAUCAAUAUUGAGAACUUGACAGAGUUUAGAGAUUGCAGAAAUUCUAUCCAAGGAGCUCUAUUGAUUGUUGAUGAAAGAGGAUUUAUCUGUAAUCGUAAAGACCUGUCUGCCAGUGGGUGUUGUCACAGUGGAGGAGAGAGUACAAAACGUUACGAGUGCAGAUAUUGUCAGAACAAUAACUGUUGCAGCAUUUAUGAACACUGUGUUUCCUGUUGUUUAAACCCUGACAAUAGGAGAUUACUGGAACAAAUUUUGAUACUUGGAUCAUCAGUGCCUAAUGUGAUUUCCAAGUCUGUCGGUGACCAGUUUGAGCUGUGCUUGGUCAAAUGCCGCACUUCCUCUAAGAGUGUGUGGCAUGAGAACUCAUACAAAGAUAAGACAUUCAAACACUGUUUUGGCCUGACUGGACCAGAAUUUGCUGGUGCUUUGUAGAUAUUUAGUUAACUUGAAAUUAGCAAAGUCAGUACAGAAAAAUAUUCUUGUAAAUGAAAAGAUAUCUAUUUUUUUGAAAUUGUAUUUUAUUUGUGCAGAAUUUGAAAAUGUUAUCAUCUCAUAGGUUUGUCUUUAGGAUAUUAGGUUCUUAAAAAUUUUUCUCAAAUUAUCUUGCAUUUCAUAUACCUACAUAGGUA